GUGCCUAUGCAAGUGCAAACGACGUAUAAAAGACUGCAAAUACGUUGACGGAAGUCAGUCUCUCUCGAGGACAUACUGGGGAAGGAAUUCUGCACUAUGAUGGCCAGCCGCAAGCUCCUCCUCCUGCUCCUUGUGGUCGCCGUGGCCCUCGCCCCCCUCGCCGUCGCCGGCCCCUUGCCCGCUGCUGACCCACACAGGCGAUAUCCCGGGUAUGGCUACGGGUAUGGCCACGGUUUUGGCCACGGUUUUGGCCAUGGAUACGGCCAUGGAUACGGCCACCAUGGGUAUGGCCAUGGCUAUGGCCACCACGGCUAUGGUGGGCCUGGCCAUUUCUUAAGCCAUCUUCUGUUUGGAUUCGGGCAUCACUUCGGAUAGACAGAAGGAGCGUUACGGAUACUGAGAUUGUACAUGCGCAUCGAGAUUUUCAUUUUACCGGAUUGCUGCUUUAGUAUUUAUUAAUAAACUAUUAGCUUUAAA